UUAAAACGUGCUACAGACCGUCAUCGUACAUAAUGUAUUUACGCAAUACUAUGUUCAUUAAUUUUUAAGUGGGCGUAGUCAACAUAACUUCUGAACAUUAGCUUCGAAUCAGUCGUGGAGCAGUGAAAAUGAAGUUAUUUUCAAUAGCAUUAUUUUUGGGAGGAAUUAUAUCAACGAGCAAUGUGUUGAGUGUUCCACAAAAGUCGAUUGGCACUCUGUACAGAUGGAAACAAAUGGACUUUGUCUUCCCUACCGAAGACGAAAGAAAAACUGCGAUCGAAAAUGGGCAAUACAUUCAAUCAAAUGUAAUUCCGCUGGGAGUUGAAAGAUGGAAAAAUCGUGUUUUCGUGAGUACACCUCGAUGGAAGAAGGGUAUACCUGCGAGUCUUUCGGUUCUACCCGUGGUUGCUCAAGAAACAUCCCCACCACUAACUCCUUAUCCAAACUGGGAUUGGCACACCGCUGAUAAUUGCACAGGAAUAACAUCUGUGUUCAGAAUGGUUAUAGAUCAUUGUGGAAUAAUGUGGGUGCUCGACUCCGGUCAAAUUGAAGCUUUUGAAACUCCCCGCCAGCUGUGUCCACCGACUUUAAUAGCUAUUGAUUUGGAAAAAGAUACAAUUGUGGGAAAAUUCCCGAUACCUGAACAGUUUGUUUUGCAAGACUCAUUGAUAACGAAUAUCAUAGUAGACUCUAGAGAUCCGCAAUGCAAGGAUUUACACGUUUACAUAUCGGAUGUGAGACGCUACGGCCUUAUUGUAUUUAGAGGAGCGGACGGAGAAUUUUGGAAAUUCAAUCACUACACGUUUUACCCAGAACCGUUGCUGUCAAACUACACUUUACAUGGCGUAAACUUCCAGUGGCCUGACGGAUUAUUUGGCAUGUCACUAGGCCCAUAUCAUUUAGGAGACCGGCCGUUGUAUUACCACUCUAUGUCGGGCAUGCACGAAUUUGUGGUUUAUACGUCUGUAAUUCGCGACCCUGCACGUGUUGACGACUCUGUGGGUGAAUUUAAGCUCCUUGGCGAAAGCCGUGGACCCAUAGGACAAGUAUCCGCCGCAGCUGUCGACCGCAAUGGUAUCAUGUUCUUUAACCUUGUUUCGCAAGACAGUAUCGGAUGUUGGGACACACGCAAGGAGUACAGAGUUGAAAAUUUAGGUAUUGUAGCCAAAAAUAAUAAAACAUUGGUAUUUCCUAACGAUCUGAGAAUAGAUCAUGAAGUACCACAAGUAGGGUGGAUUGUAACUAAUCGAUUACCUAUGUAUCAAUUUAACUUGCUUAACCCGAAUGAAUACAAUUUUAGAGUUAUGUUUCUAGAUCCGAUCGCAUCAAUUGCGAAUACUGUUUGUCAAUACUAGUAGUACUAGUAUUAAUAUUCUGAUAAACCUAUUAUUAUAAAAUAUAUAAAUUAAGUUAUUGAUCAUUAAUUUUAUUGAAUAUGUGAAUAGGUGAAAUAAAAUGCGACAGAAAGUUA